AUGGCAGGCCGAGGCAGCCAGGCGAUGUACGAUCGACACAUCACCAUAUUUUCCCCCGAUGGCAACUUGUACCAAGUCGAGUAUGCCAUGAAGGCAGUGCGUAACUGCAACUUGUCAUGCGUCGCUGUCAAAGGGGAAGAAUGUGCCUGCGUGGUAGUGCAAAAGAAAGUGGCUGCUCAGCAGCUCAGCCAGGAUAAGUACCUUGACACCAGUUUUGUUUCCUCUCUGUACAGUCUGUCUUCUACAAUUGGCGGCUGCUUUGUCGGGUUGUUCCCGGAUUGCCGAAGUAUUGCGUUUCGCGCUCGACAAGAAGCUGGAGAGUUUGCCUACAAAUAUGGCUACAAUAUGCCGGUGUACGUCUUGGCAAAGCGAAUCGCGGACCUGAAUCAAGUGUAUACGCAGUUUGCGUAUAUGCGCCUUCAUGCAUGCA